GCGCGCGCGACCGCGGGGCGCGGAGGCCGCAAGUCCGGGACUGCGUGUCGGGACCCGAGGGAGUGGUCAGAAGAACAAUGCAUAUAAGUCUUUGAUAUCAUGAUGUACCUCCGGCAAAGGAAAGAGAUAAAAACCAUUGAACUUUCUGAGGGUUUUCCAGCACAAGAAGAAAAUGUGAAGUUGGAAAACAAAUUGCCAACUGGUUGUACCAAUAGAAAAUUCUGGAAGAUUCUGUCCUUUACGAUCGGUGGCACCAUUGCCCUGUGUAUUGGACUUCUUACAUCGAUCUACCUUGCAACCUUACAUGAGAAUGACUUGUGGUUUUCUAAUAUUAAGGAAGUGGAGCGAGAAAUCUCAUUCAGGACUGAAUGUGGACUGUACUAUUCUUACUAUAAGCAGAUGCUACAAGCACCAACCCUCACACAAGGUUUCCGUGGCUUAAUAUAUGAUAAUAAAACUGAAUCUCUGAGGACCAUUAACCUCCUUCAACGAAUGAAUAUUUACCAAGAGGUUUUUCUCAGCAUUUUAUAUAGAGUUCUACCAAUUCAGCGAUACUUAGAGCCCGUUUACUUUUAUAUCUAUACCUUAUUUGGACUCCAAGCAAUCUAUGUCACAGCCCUCUACAUCACCAGCUGGCUCCUUAGUGGCACCUGGCUCUCAGGACUAUUAGCAGCCCUCUGGUAUGUCACAAACAGGAUAGAUACCACAAGAGUUGAAUUCACCAUCCCACUGAGGGAGAACUGGGCACUGCCAUUCUUUGCAAUUCAGAUCGCAGCAAUUACUUAUUUCCUAAGGCCAAAUUUACAGGCUCUUUCCGAAAGGCUGACGCUUCUUGUGGUCUUCAUAUCAACUUUCCUCUUCAGUCUGACCUGGCAAUUUAAUCAGUUUAUGAUGCUAAUGCAAGCGUUAGUGCUAUUCACCCUCGACUCCCUGGAUAUGCUACCAGCUGUAAAGAAAAACCUAAAAACGGGGACUUUUCUUACUAGGAUUGGGAAACUUCUGCUACAUUUACUUACAGUUUUUUGUUUGACGCUUUUUCUCAACAAUGUUAUUAAGCUGAUUAGCUCCAGGCUUUGUUUUAACUUCUGUGAUUCUGGAAUCCAAGAGCUGGAGGGUAAGAUGGGAAGAUGCUCCAUUGACCUGAAGCCAGAUACUGCUUACAACCUAAUACACACUGUGCUGUUCGGAUUCUUGGCAUUGAGUACAAUGAGAAUGAAAUACCUCUGGACCUCUCACAUGUGUGUGUUUGCCUCGUUUGGCUUAUGCAGCCCUGAUAUAUGGGGGUGGCUUCUGAAGUCCGUCCGUCUUCAUAACCCAAAAGGGAUCUGUGUCAUACGAUACUCCGUUCCAGUGUUGACACUGCUGUACCUGUGCUAUAAGUUCUGGCCAGGAGUGAUGGAUGAGCUCUCUGAGUUGAGAGAAUUCUAUGACCCAGAUACAGUGGAGCUGAUGACCUGGAUUAACUCUAACACUCCCAGGAAGGCGGUGUUUGCUGGCAGCAUGCAGCUGCUGGCAGGCGUGAAACUCUGUACGGGAAGGACGUUAACCAACCACCCACACUACGAAGACAAUGGCCUCCGAGAGCGGACCAAAGCGGUUUAUCAGAUCUAUGCCAAGAGGUCCCCUGAGGAUGUGCACGCACUCCUGAGGUCCUUCGGUGCAGAUUACGUCAUCUUGGAGAACAGCAUCUGCUACGAGCGCAGGCACCGGCGGGGCUGCCGCCUGCGGGACCUGCUGGACAUCGCCAAUGGACACGUGAUGGACGGCCCAGGAGAGAAUGAUCCGGAUCUGAAAGCUGCAGACCACCCUCGCUUCUGUGAGGAGAUCAAAAGGAACCCACCUCCCUACGCAGCCCACUUCACUAGAGUAUUUCAGAACAAGACCUUCCAUGUCUACAAACUGUCCACAAACAAGUAGUGGAGAUUCCUGCCCAGUCUCUCGGUUUUUUCCUCACAGGAGACUGCAGGGGGCUGAGGCUCUGUGGCCCGGGCUUCCUGUGCAAGGUGGUCUCUGGUGACUUGAGAUGUCCUACAAGUUUUACACAGUGUCAGCGUCUUCAGAAGCAUCUUCCAACGGGCUUUGGGCGCUUUCCUGUCUUGUGUCUCUUUGUUCCAUGCUCUUUUUCUGGGUCCAGAUUUGAAAGGCAUUUCAUUUCAGGCUGAGAAUCUUCACUUUGGUCCACUCUGGCGGAAUGGGAUUAACAGGAAGAAACGUUAAGUUAUUUAACAGGAACUCACUAGAGAAGAGCAGUUGGUGGCUUUUUACAAAACUCUUUUUUUUUCUUUUUUUU